AUGGGUGGUUGUUUUUCUUUGACGGCAAGUUACUCGGUUACUGAUCAAGAGUCCACCGCUAAUGUGAUCUCGGUUUAUGGAGAUUUGCGGGAAUAUUCUGUUCCCGUCACCGUCUCUCAAGUCCUUCAGAUGGAAACAACCUCAUCAUCAUCUUCCUCCUGUUUCCUCUGCAACUCGGAUAGCUUGUACUACGACGAAUAUACACCGGCCUUGGAUCCACAAGAUGAACUUCAGCCGGGUCAAAUCUAUUUCAUUCUCCCCACCACAAAACUUGAGUACAAACUCAGUGCGUCGGACAUGGCUGCUCUUGCUGUCAAGGCCAGCGUCGCCCUUCAGAAUUCCUCCAAGAAGAGCUCAGGCUCAGGCUCAGGCCGUCGGCACCAGAACAAGGCUCGCAUUUCCCCUGUGGCGCUGGAGGUCAAUCAAAGAGUAGCAGUUAAUUUACCCAAGAAGAGUUUUGCCGAUAAGGAUAAACUUGGAGUUGAGGGGGCUUCCAGAUCCGGCUCUACCUCUAUCAGGAAAUUGCAGAGAUACUCUUCCAGACGGGCUAGGAUGGCGGUUCGUUCCUUCAGGCUCAGAUUGACUACAAUCCACGAAGGCUCUGUCCUCCAACUCUCUUAA